AUGUCCAACUAUCAAUCCAUUCCCGCUCUAUGGGACAUUGCAACCUUCUCCUCCGACAUUUAUUCCAUCGAACAUUUUUUCGCCAAUUCCACCAACAACAAUUCAACUUUUAAAAAUUCCACCAACACUCCAACAUCCACUGCAUUUUCUGCCUAUAAAAUCAAUGUUCUCGCCUUCAAUUCUGCCUUUUUACUUUGUUAUCUCAUUUUGGCAUUUAUUUCAAUUGCGAGUUAUGUCAUGCAAUUCAAACACAUGAAACGAAAUCAACAUGUCUUGUUUUGGAUUUUGUUUACGUUGGAGGGAUUGGUACUGCCUGGAAUGUUGACGAGAUUGGGAUCAGAGUUUGGAUUUUUGCAUCCCGUGUUGAAUGAGGGAAGGACCAUUACGAUUUUAAUCAAGACAUUUGAUCGAGGAUUUAAUGUGUUGAUCUUGUAUGUGGAAGUCGUGUGUAUGACUUUUAUUACCUUUGUAUUUUUACAAACCACUAGGGCUAUCAAUGCAAUUACUGCAGAAACAUUUUCAAAGGCUAGAAUUGCCAUCAUUGCUUUCAUCAUCCUUCUAGGCGCUGCUUUUGUCAUCAUGUAUUUACUGACCAUGAUUUUGGGCGGAGUUACUGUUGCGGCUUUAAAUCCUGCGAGCGGAAUUAGUGCCGAUGCAGCCAAUUAUUUCCUGCUUGCCAUGUAUUUGGUGGCUACAUUGUUAUUUAUGAUUGCUUCGAUUUUGACCAGUGUGUUCAUUAAUAUUAUUGGAACUAAACUCAUUCAAUCUCUAAGACAAGGCCGAGAACGAGUCAAAUCCAUGAUGGCCAAAGGAAACGGUUCCAACAAUGGCACUUUGAACUCGAAAAGUCAAGAACAAAUUCGAACGUUUGAACAGAAACGUAUCGCUCUCAAGAAAACUAUGGCCAUCCAAAUCGGCAUGACCGUGUGUCUGUUUUUCCAAGUCUUUGGAGCUAUCUUUAUUGCCAUUAAUAUUGCAUGGUCGAUGGCCAUUUUAAUCUUUCAAUGUUUCUUUAGCAUUUCUAGUAUUGCAUUCAUUUCAUUAAUUUUAGCCAUUUAUAGUCCAUUAAGGGAAGUUCAGAAAUUGUUUAGAGCGGAUUCGAAUAGUAGUUUGAAUUCGGCAACGACUACUGGAAAGCAACAACCUCAUCAUCGAAAAGACAAUCAUGCAGACCGAACGGAUGAAGAUUUGGCCAAUAGUAGUAGUGUCGUGAUUCAUGAUGAAAGUGAAAUUGCAAUUGUCGACGACGAGUUGAAAGAUCCGCAAGUGAAACAUGUCAAGAUUGUUGAUCAAUUUGAGGAGGGUACAAUGGUUGGGGCAACAACAACAACCACUCCUCAUGGCGCCAUGAGCACCUCUAGUAACACUGCCAUGAUGAUGAUGACCAUUCCAAGAGAACUUUUGGAGGCUGAUAAGAUUUCAACUCCAACACUUGUGGAGAUGGAACUUGUGCAACAUCAACAAGAAGCUCAUGAAAGAGAAACUUCAUCCUCUUCAGAUACGGAUACUCCACCAGGAGUGACUAUGGUGUGA